AUGACCGUCACCAGGGGCUUCACGGAAGAAGCGGAUAAGCUGCUCGAUUACCUUGAGCAUGGUAUUUUUGACGCUUUGCAAAAACAGUAUCUCAGGAGCUUCAUUUUUGCCGUCUAUCUGGAUAGUCAAGAUCCGAACAACAUCGUCGAAGCAUACACCUUCAACUUUCAUUACUACACUGUACCAGGCUCUAGCGUCUCGAUACCGGUGAUGUCGCUCGGUGACGACCUAAUGAAGCUAUCCAUCUCUGGGAAAGCAAAAGGCGCCGAUCCAGUUGCUGAUGCCACGAAGAAGGGGAAACUACCUACGCUCGGUGAAACUUUGAUCAAAAACCUCAUCCAGGCUACAACCCAGAUGGAUGCGCUCCCUAGACGUCGAUUUGCGACCUUCAAGCUAUACUAUCAUGAUCAUACUCCAGACGACUACGAGCCGCCACACUUCCGGGCAGGCGAUUCUAAGGGCGACAAGUGGUUCUUUGCAACGCACGACAGGAACGAAGUACCGGAGAAGUGCAGCAUUGGGCAGGUGCAGACAGGAUGGCACGGGGUAGACCUUCGAGUCGCGUCAGUUUCGGCCUACCUGCCUUCGGCGGAAGAUAACAAUGCACCAUUCACGGGUACUACAACCGGCAGCGGUAAUGGUCUUGCGCCGCCACCGCUCACUCCUGCUGCAGAAGCAGAUUUGAGGAGACAGCAAGCGGAGGCGCAAAAGCAGGACGCACUCGAGAGGCGAGUCGUCUGGGAUGCUGAAGAGGGACUCGGCGAUAUUGAUGCCGAAGGCGAAGUUGACGACGGCGAUGGCAGUCAGCUUAUGGGUGUGUGGAGAAUGAGUUCUUCCGGACUAGAGUUCGUCGCUCCCAUGGGUAUUAGAGACGAUAACGGCAAUAUCGUCCCUCUAUCAGGCGAAGAGAACGAUACGGAGCCCAACGACCCGACUCCAGCUGACGCUGCCCUAUUCAAGGGUAUGGAAGAGAAGGUCCCUCGACAUGUUGGCCAGCUCACACGUCGAAUGCCCACGCGAUCACAGUUUAAGAUCUACACUGAAAGCCUUCCCCCCUCCGAUCCGCUAGGUUUCUCAGUUCCCUCCAAUGCGAGUUUUCACGAAGAAGAGACGGUAAACACCCAAAUGCUUCAGGAACGCAUCAUGGUUCAGAGACGGUCAGACGAGGACGUAGACAUGCUCGACAUGAGCACUCAGGUUCAGGAUCAUGCCCAUUCACAGGACGAUGACACCAUAAAAUCCUUCACUGUUAGCCACAAAUCGAUGACGGUCGUUCCCGAUUCCCAGCCCGGCAUCCAGAUGGACGGUGCAGAGGAUAAGGUGGAAUGCGAUUGUGGCGUAGAUAAAGAAGAUUGCGAUUCUAUCCUCUGCGAAACAUGCGACAGAUGGUUCCACGCCUGGUGCAUGGGUUACUACUCGGGUAACAGUCGGAAUAUUCCUAACAAAUUUAAAUGCUUCGACUGUCGCGUACAUGCUGACCAGAACUGGGAUCUCAUCGUGGUGCAUGGCUUAUACCCACGGAUGAUGGCAAAAUUCAGGGGCCUCGCGUCGUUCAGCAGACGGGCCAUCAAGAUCUGCGAAACAGUCAAACCGGAGAACCUCUCUAGCUUCACCAAGGCGAUAGGUUACGAACCAAUAGUCUCUGGGCAGCUGUUCAAACGCCUCGAGAAUGAAGGCUUUAUCGCUCUCGAGGGUGUAGAAACCCCUACCGAAGAUGCCGCUAAAUCAUCACGUUCUGGCAAAGGUAGAGCGACCAAGAAGCCGCCUCCACGACGCCGAACGAUGCAGAAGCAACGAUAUGUCUUCGUCCGCAAGAUCAUGAAGGAACGCAAGUACAAAGACUUCUUUGACCCGGACCCUGAGGUAGAGAAGAGACUGCUUGAUCUGGAGGAUUUGGUCUGUCGUCAUACCUUUCCCGGCUGCGUGUAAGAUCUGUUGGAUGUGCUGCUUACUGAUCACCUCUGACAUGAGUAGAAACCGAAGAAAAGAAUGCAUGGAGCAGUCGCUGGGGAUGAAGACGACGAUAUGUACGUCGCCGUGCUUUGAGUCGCUCGCUUCUAAGAUUUGCUCUCCUAUAUAGGGACGGUGUGCCGCCGGUACCUUCGCUUUCUCAGGAGGUUCCGCAUCCUCCUUCCGUCGAGAUCCCUGCGGCAUCCCAAGCCUCGCAGACGCAGAUGGAGUCGCAGCUCAUACUAGACACUCAGACCCAGCCAGAGGACCUCCUAAAGCACCAUUCAAUUGACAUGUUCAGAGAGGAUCGUCGAAAGGACGAAGAUGGGAGGGCGAAGAAGAAAGUCAAGAUCUCCAUCGGACCUGCCGUUGACCUUGGCGACUGAGCUUCUUUCUCGCCUGUGCUGCGCUCUUGCGACUACUGAGCUUUGACCUCUCUCGACCUUGCCCCUGGAUGCUGUGUUUUCUUGCUACUUGCUGUGUUUCCUGCCUCCCGCCUCGACUGCUUUCCCUGUGUCAUCCCGUGCUCAGUUUUCCUUACCCAUGGAACGCUUUUUUGCCGACUUGCCAUCUCUGGUCACUCGCUACUGUUUUCAAUGCUCUCCGGUUUCUACUUCCUGCUGCUGUAACCGUUGCAUUUAGCCACGUCAUGUUACCUGUCGAGCGGCCACGAAGAUUGAAAUUCAUACCAGGCUCCAAUGUGUAACGUCGAGCGCGCGAGGUACAGAGGACGCCGGUCACCGCCCGGUGUGGGAGAACUGCGGUCGGCUCAA